GAUCGUCGAACGAACAGACAAACAAGCAAAUAAACAAAAAUAUAUGUCGGGCCAUGGUUAGGGCCCCCGUUGACGUCAAUCGUAGGACAAACAGUGAUGCGGAAAUUCAUUCAUUCACGUUGAUUGUCAAACGAAGUUACAAGGUGUGAAGGCGCGACACCGCGUGGCCAAACGGAGCACAGCGACGUGUAAACUCAACACAAUGAGGUGUUUAUCUCACCAGAUAUUGAACCAAUGAAGGUGCUAUGGAGAUGGUUACCCUGCCAAUGUGUUGAGUGCAACAAUGGGAGGAGAAGGAAAUGAAGCCAGGGCCAGAAGACAAUGAGACCGAUGGGAGGACAAUGAAGGGAAUCAGAGGAAACGUUGAAGAGAGAAGUUCUUGUCCUUUAACAUUGGCACAGGACAUGCCAUGUGAGUUGGACAUUGAUCUGCUCUGCUGGGGACGUGGGGAGCUUGGCCAGACUGGAUGCGGCAGGCCGGUGGACAUCGCUCCAGAGAAGGCCCAUCUGAGAGAGUUCACAGGGUCCAGGCUGGGCACGGUGAAGCUCCUGGCUUGUGGGUCCAGUCAUUCCAUUGUGGUCACAGUGGACAACAAGAUCUUGGCAUGGGGAAAUGGCAACAGUGGACAGCUUGGAGACGGAGAGAGGGAAGUAAAGGACCAUCCAGUCGAGGUUAAGUUGCCCCAGAAAGUGAAAGUUGGUGGAGGUGGCCUAUGUGUGGAUGACGUCGACGUCGUCGGUGUGGCCUGUGGAAGCAGACACUCCUUCCUAUGGACUCAAAGUGGACAUGCCUACAGUUUUGGAAACAACUUUUAUGCCCAGCUGGGCUAUGACUUCCACAGGGCAGACUUCAAAGAGCACCAGCUGGCACCGCGUUUGUUCCAGAGUCUUCCAUCAUCCCUGAAAAUAUCUCAAGUGGCCUGCGGAGAGCGACAUACUCUGUUUGCCCUGGAGGACGGCAGUGUGGCGGCAUGUGGGCAGAAUGAUUAUGGACAAAUUGGCAGCGGUUCUAAUGAAAAUGUGGUCGUCCCUCGCUUCGUGGAGUGUGUGGGCCAUGUGUCGAAGGUCACCUGUGGGGCAAACCACAAUCUUGCGCUUACAGGUGACGGCAGGUUGCUUCAGUGGGGCUGUGGACGUGCGUGUGGCAACAUGAAGGAAAACAUCCUGUUGCCGGAGGAAGUGACGCCACCAGGCUCGCCGGUGAGAGAAAUUGCUGGAGGAUGUUGGCAUAGCAUGCUUCUGACAGAUGGUGGGAAUGUCUUCUCCUGGGGGAUGGGGCAAGAGGGACAGCUUGGACUUGGAGAGGACAGGAUUCACAUUUCUACUCCUUGUCUUCUCAACUAUUCUCAGCUAGCCGAAGUCACACAGAUACAAGCUGGGGACAGCUACAGUGCCGCUGUCACAGCAGGUGGGGAGCUGUAUCUCUGGGGACAGAUCCCCUGUGUGUCCCUGGUCAGUGAUCGUCCAGGCCCCAAAAGGCUCCAGACCCCCCAGCCUGUUCCACUGGCAGGCAGAGAGGUGUGUGAUGUUGCCUGUGGUACCUGGCACGUGAUGGCCCUCACCACAAGGAGCGGGGAGAAGAACAGAGAGAGUGAUCACCCAGAACCUGGAGCCCUCUGUGGAGACCUUGUCUUCAUUCCCCGUCCGACGGAGCACAUGGAGAAAGAAAACACAGUGCAAGAUCUGGAGAGACCACAAGGCUCUGAGGAGGCAGGGGAAGAUGAAGAAAGUGAGAGUGCCGGGAACGAAGAAAAUGGUGAAGAAAGGCCAAACAAUGACGAGGGCGACGGAGCGUUGCAUGAUUCAGCAUUCGCCAUAGCCAGGUCUGCAACGGCGAUGGACAGGAGAGGAAAUGACCACUCAUCAAUCAAAUCCAGCCAGGGGACAGAGAGGGAGGGUUGCAGAACAGCAGGGCCUCUGGAGCUGAGGAAAGAACCAUGCAGAGCCAGCAGAGGCACAGUCUUCACCACUUUGCAUCUUUUACCCAAGUCAGCGGGAGAGCCAUGCAGGCCCAUCGCCGGCACCUUGCCAAGGCUACUGACGGGACAAAAAUCUCAUAGCAGACUUUUAGCUGAGGCUCAAACAGAGAGAUCUACACGUAUGACUGAACUGCUCCAAAAAUCUGGAAGUGAUAGCAGCAUCUUGCAGAGUCCCAAUCUUCGACUAAAACCCAGACCUCCUGCGAGAUGUUCAGCUCCUGGGGCUCAGAGGGUAGCCUCCCGUCACCAUUCAAGAACCAGACUACACACUGGCCUUGAGUCUCCGAUUUACAAUUCCUCCCCCCAUCUGACCCCUGGACAACAAAUUCAGAUGUCCCCUUCUCUCCACCCGGGACCACAAGUCCAAUCCACCCUGUCUCCGACUCGUUCCUCUUCUGAACCAUUCAGGUACUGCCCUACACACAGGAGAGUUUCCUCCCUUGGUACUUCUUGGAAGAAUCUAUAAAAGCCCACAGACCCAGUUCUGUCCACCAGUGGACCAAGAAUUUUUGUCUGAUGUUACCCUUUCAUGUCAGGAUAUGAGGGCUUUUUGAAAUCUAAAUAUUGUUAUCCCCUCCUAGAUAAUACAAAACUCAGACUGGCUAUGGAGAGAGAAUGUGCAGUCUAUUAUGUACUUGGUUAUGCAUUUUUGGAGACCACAUGCAAAGCCAAAUACUUUUGACUCCAAAACGACUGACAAACAGCUUCAUUUGCUCUGCAAGAACUCUCCAGAACUGACUUCAGAUCGGCUUAAAAGGGCUCCACUUUACCCCAAACUGUGAUUUGGCAAAUAUGCUCUUCUUAAAAAAACAUUUCAGUCAAUGACUCUCAUGAACCUUGGCCUCAUCUGAAAGCUUUAGGCUUUGGUCUUGCAGUGAAAAGCUGCGUGUAGGAGUUGCAGAGUCCUUGAAGAACUUGAGAGGGUUGAGGUUUUUUUCUUUCCUACACACUACCAAGCCACAUUGAUUUUAAUACUUACAGUAUGCUGUUUAUUAAAGACAUAACGCCCUCUCAGAUCUUGGCCUCUUGUAAGACAUUUCACGGUCGAGUGUUUUCAUGGCUGCCCAUCUCUGCAGUAUGAGUCACAUGUGCAUGCUACUAUGGCUCCUUUGAGUGUGAGGAAAUUGAUUUGUUGCAGAGAUAAUACUAUAUGGUGAGGUUUCAGGAAGUAAAUAGGAUAAUUCCUUUGAGUUUUCUUUGCUCUGUUUUGUUUUCAUGUUUCUUGGAGAGAGGUCCUUCAUUAGCCUUGUACUCUAUGCAAACUGGUUCUUUGCCACAGUGUCGACCACAACCACAUGGUAAUGCCUCUUGUCAGGAAUUUAUUUUAAGUGCCGCUCGUGAUGGGGGGGUUUCUACGCUCAACAAAACGUGGCCCUGUGUAACGUCAGAAUAAGGGUUAAAUUCUGUCUUUUUAAUCUUAAUACUGCUUAUUAAUACUACUAUUAAUUAAAACACCAAUAAUAAUAACAGUAAUACUAUUUAUCAUUUAAAGUGCUACUUUAUGAAUCAUUUUAUACACCUAUAUUGAAUGAUUGUACCACCUGUAUGUUAUUAGUUGUGUUUAAAUUAUGACUUUAGCAAUUGUGAUUUCAGAUGUGUUAAGAAUAAUUGCAGACAUCAAAGCUAUUUAUUACUUUGAUCCCUGUUUUGACGUGAUAAAAAAAGAUACUAAUGUUUUGGUAUUUGAAAUCGUAUUGAUUUGCAGAUCCAGGAGACUGAUGAAUAAUAUAAUAAAAUAGUUUUUGAGUUGGGUCAUAGAUUUGCUUUAGUGAGUAACAAACUCAACUCUGGCCCUACAGACAUGUAGCAGUGAUGACAUUGAGACAUCUGCCCAUCCCACCCCGUCAUCCCUUAAACUCCCCACAGUUUGUUUUCGGUGUGUGUGAGUAAGUGCUGGCUGUGUAUCACGUAUUUGCCCUGCGAGAUUCUCGCCAAUCGAUUCAAGGUGAGGCUUGUCGAUUAAACACCCUGAGCCGUGCUCUCUACCUAACCCCAGGGUGAUUCCUGCCCCCUUACACACAUGUACACACCCAUAACAAACACACGCACACAUAGACACCAACUUCAUCUGUCAUCCAUCAAUACCUCCAUUGGGGCCUCUAUUGAUCCCCCUCCAUCCAGCCUCUUCACCCCAUGCAGUACAGCAUCAGGCCCGAGACGAUGUGUGUGCAGGUGUAAUUUCUGACAGAUUUACAAUAAAGCCCAAGUUAUUAUUUAACUCUUCCGGCCGCAGUGUGCCCUUUGAUUUAGCACCCAGGGAGAGGAUGAGUUACAGCUGACACGGAGAAUCUGCCGGGGCUGGAAUGGUAGGCACCCGGUUCAUAACUCAGCCACCGAAUGUGUAGUUAGUCAAUCACUUGAUCUGUAAUCACAAAUGCUGCCAGAAAUUACAUGAGUGAUGAGAUGUAAUAAAAGCACUUACUUUUC